AUGAAUAAUAUUCCAUCAGUUAAAAUUGAAGUUGAUAUUGACAAUAAAUUAGAAACUAAUAAAUCAUCACCAAUAGCAAAUAAAAUCAAUGGAAAUACUUCACCAAAUCAUCGUCGUCGUCCAAAACGUUCAUCAAUAAAUAAUAAUUCAUAUCUAUCAACUAUAUCUAGUGUACAUGAAUUAAUGUCGUUUGUUGUUUCUAAAGAUAAUCCACCAUCAUGGUUAAAACAAACAGAUUUAUAUAAAGAAUAUACAAAUAAAUCUCAGCAAAUUAAUCCUGAAAAUCUAUCAUCAUCAAUACCAUCUCCACAUUAUCAUCAACAAUUACAUCGUAAACAACGUUCUAAUCUUCAAAUGUAUGCACGAUCAAGACAAUCAUGGCAAUCAUUGACAUCUCCACCAUUAAUCAAUUUAUCUAUUGAUAAUCAUUCAAAUGAAUCAAUACAUAAAAUAAAACAUGAAACAACUAUAUCUUCUAUAAAUUCAUCAUUAUCAUCAUCAUCAUCAUCAAUGAAUGAUUUGUCGAUACCAUUAAAUAUUUCAAUUAAAUCAGAAUCUAUUGAACAAAACUCAAGUUUAGUAUCAAAUAAAUCAAAAUCAUUAAAACAACCAACAUCAACUAUAACAACAAGAAGACAACAUAUGUUAUGUAAGAAAAAAAUUCCUCAAAAUGGUAUACGUCGUCAUCAACAUGUGAACAGUGUAGAAGAUCAAGAAUCAUUAGAAAAAAAAGAUUCAUCGUCUUCAUCUGAGCAUGACAGUAAUACAUCAACUUCAUCAUCUUCAAUUGAACAUACAUCACCAUCACCAACAACAACUGUAUCAGGUACAUCAUCACAUCAUUCAAGUCCAACAGAAUAUAUGCGAGGAAAUAGUUCUAUAAAUACUCGACUAUCAUCACCAUUACGUAUUCAAACAAGUAUUUCACCUCAUAUACAAACAUUAUCAACACCACAACGUCGUUCAACACGUAUAUGGGCACCAUCAAAUUUUUAUAUUAAUCCAAUGUGGAUUCUUCCGACGGUUGUUUCUUCAAAACGAUUACUGGUACAAAAUACAUCAUCAUCUCCAUCACCAUCAUCGGAAUCAAAUAAACGACCAAGACGAAGAUGUCGCUCUUAG